AUGUACUGGACACAAUCUGGUGUGGGGCUGAUGAGGAAACUAAGGAUUCUCUGGGAGGACUGGGGUGCCAUCAUGAUGGAGAAGCCCAACGUGCGGUGGAGUGACGUGGCCGGACUGGAGGGAGCCAAGGAAGCCCUGAAGGAGGCUGUGAUCCUGCCCAUCAAGUUCCCACACCUGUUCACAGGGAAGCGCACGCCCUGGCGCGGGAUCCUCCUCUUUGGGCCGCCCGGCACUGGCAAGUCCUACCUGGCCAAGGCUGUGGCCACCGAGGCCAACAACUCCACCUUCUUCUCCGUGUCAUCCUCUGACCUGAUGUCUAAGUGGCUGGGGGAGAGCGAGAAGCUGGUGAAGAACCUGUUUGAGCUGGCAAGGCAGCACAAGCCCUCUAUCAUCUUCAUCGAUGAGGUGGACUCGCUGUGUGGCUCCCGCAACGAGAACGAGAGCGAGGCAGCCCGGCGCAUCAAGACCGAGUUCUUGGUGCAGAUGCAGGGUGUGGGGAACAGCAGCGACGGGAUCCUGGUGCUGGGUGCCACCAACAUCCCCUGGGUGCUGGACUCAGCCAUCAGGAGAAGGUUUGAGAAGCGAAUCUACAUCCCACUGCCCGAGGAGGCAGCGCGGGCCCAGAUGUUCCGGCUGCACCUGGGCAACACCCCGCACUCCCUGAAGGACGCCGACAUCCUGGAGCUCGCCCGCAAGACCGAUGGCUACUCGGGGGCCGACAUCAGCAUCAUCGUGCGGGACGCCCUCAUGCAGCCCGUGCGCAAGGUGCAGUCGGCCACGCACUUCAAGAAGGUCCGCGGCCCCUCCCGCACCACCCCCGGCGUCAUCGUGGAUGAUCUCCUGACGCCGUGCUCGCCCGGUGACCCUGGGGCCACCGAGAUGACCUGGAUGGAGGUGCCCAGUGACAAGCUGAUGGAGCCCAUUGUCUGCAUGUCGGACAUGCUGCGCUCACUGGCCACCACCCGCCCCACUGUCAAUGCCGAGGAUCUCCUCAAGGUGAAGAAAUUCACAGAGGACUUUGGACAGGAAGGUUGAGGGGGGCAUGGGGGGGUGUGGGGUUGGGGCGGCCAUGGGUCCUGCUCUGCCCCCCCUCCCCGGGCGUGCCAAACCGACUCAUCUUCGCUCACUCCCUCCCAUCGCACUGCAGCACCCAGCGGGCGCAGGGACACAGCCCGGGGGGCUCACACUACGGGGUGGGGGUCUGAGCAUGGCCUGGGCAGCUGGGUGCCCCUCUGGCUGCGCUCUACUCUUCUUCUUGCUCUUUUUUAUUUUUUAAAUUAAUGCUGCUUUGGGUUUCGUCUCGUUUAUAUGAAAAUAAAAACAAUCCAAAAGCUUCAGCCAGCA